GUGAAUCCAAGUGCCUUACAACAUUUCAUCAUAUCAUUUCAUAAAUAAGCAUGCUUGUAAGUACAUAGAAGAUUUUGUGCCUCAUGGAGUAACAGGAAACAGACUCAGAACUGGAAAUGGAUAUUCAAAUUCAACAAGUAGAAGAACGUAGCAAUAGUGCAAUAAUAAACUCCUUGAAUGCGGACUGCUGGCGCCUCAUCUUAGACUAUCUAUCAGUUAAGGAGCUCCUGCAGACCGAGCUGACAUGCAGAGAUUGGCAGAAGUUGAUGCUCGAUCACAUAUCACAUCGGCCAAUCGUUAUCCACAGUAUGGAAAUAGACGAGAAUACCCUAAUAUUAAGACAAUCGAGUGACGCCUGGUGUUCGUUCAAACGAUGGGCGAGGAAAUGUGGCCGCUCCGUCCAGGACUUCGACAUGGACUGUAAACAUUACAAGGAUGUCGUGGAGACCCUUAGAGACUACUGCCCGAAUUUACUAGGCCUUAAGCUGAGCAGGUUAAAAAAGAAACUGUCGCCGACCAACGCGCUCCACUUUCAGAAACUUCAAUGGCUCGUAUUCGACUGUUGCGAUGAGGUGACAGACGAUUGCGUCAGUCAAUUCUUAACGGAUAGCUUAGAGGAAUUACGAAUUACAUAUAACAAGCGAGUCACGGGGCGAUUUCUUAACAAUUUGAAACCUGUUAAUAACAUGAAAAGUCUCGCAUUAAAACACUGUAGGGCCUUGAGAUUUCCAUUUCUGCUCUCCGUCGCAGAUCGUUUAAGCAACCUCACCGUAUUGGAGCUGUGGAAACGGAAUCGUAGCAAAAUAGAAAUUAGGGAUAAACUACAUUUGCUAUUUGAGAAAAUGCCUUAUUUGAGGGAAAUAGAUAUAGAAAUCUACGAUAUGCUGAGAAGGCCGGACGAAGAGCGCCGUCGGACAGAGAGCAAUGUGUUUUUCGAGUCGAUAUGUAGACUGAAGAAGUUGGGUCGUGUGAACGCGAAUUUUCAAGUGUGGGACAACCAUCUUGAGGCUUUAGCGAGCAGUUGUAAGGAACUGAUGGCAGUCGACUUGAUAUGCAAUCACAUAACGCGGCGCGGUCUGGACGCGCUGUGCCGCCACGUGGGGCCGCGCCUGCUGGAGCUGAACCUGGCCGAGAGCCUGCUCACGGACGACGACGUGGCGGCCUGUGUGUACGCGUGCCCCAAACUACUGUCCCUGGACCUGUCGGAUUGUCCGGCGCUGGAGUGGGCGGUGCGGCGCAUCGCGCAGGCGCGGCGCGACAUGCGGCGCGACCACAAGUUCGCCGCCGACACCUUCCUGCGCAUGCCGCUGCCCCUCACCAUGAGCCGGUGGGACUUUUACGGGGACGCAGAUGAUUACAAGGACGUCGUCGAGGUGCGUUUUAAUAGCGACGGUUAUUCCAGCGUCGAACGUCAAUACUGAACCUUCAGACCACAA